GUUCGAGUCAUCAAUUCAAGAGCUCAUCUCACCCGCAACAAGCCAGAUUGAAGCUAAACUAGUCAAGAUGAUGAUCAAAGUAGCUCUUGUGCUCUGUGCUAUUGUGGCAACCAGUAUGGUGUGCGCAAAGAAUUUUGAAGAGCAAGAUGCAUUGGACACUUUGCUGAAUAUGAUGCUCUCGGAGGAAGUUGCAUCUCCUGAUGACGCCGUAGCCUUGCAGAGCUGGUUCAGUCGCGCGGUUCAUAAAGUCAGUCAUGCAGUUAGGAGUGGCAUCCACACUGGACAGGGCGUGUGCUCGGGGCUUGGUCUUUCUCCAGAAGAAGCUCGCGUUAAAAUUCUGUCUGCGGUCCCAGAGAUGAGAGAAGAGGAUCUCAGCGAAGAGGAUCUUCGAGCGAUCUGCGCUGGUGCACAUGCCCUUGGCCGUUAGACUCGGAAGGGAUCGUGAUACAACAUUUGGAACGCUUGAUGUCGAUUCUUCCUCAAGAAACAAUGAAAUAAAAGCAAGGAAUUGUCAACUUCCAUCAUGUUUUUGCAACUUCCUUAUAAUUAGAAUCUUCUUUAUCACUCCUGUAUUCUUCAAAUCCUUAAACCUUGUUAAUCCUCUAAAAUGAAACGAUCGUGAGUGGUUUUCAUUAUCAAUAAAUACUUUGCCUUUACCUCCAUGUAUCCAUUCAUUAUACAUCUUUCCACGGUGUUUAUAAAUAUGUAGGGUUAAAAGUACACCAACCUUUAAAAUCUAGCAUAAUACUACAU